AUGCAUGAAAUACUAACCACAACAGCUAUCAUCAUGUCAUUGACUCCUUUAGAGAAAGCCGCAUCAGGUGCUUUGGCUUCCGCCAUAGCUAACACCAUCAUCUACCCAGUGGACCUCUCUAAAACAAUCAUCCAAACACAGGUCCACACCGAAAAUAAACAAGAGUUGAAAUAUAAGAAUACACUCGAUGUGCUCAAACAAAUCUAUGCCAAAAAGGGGGUGUUGGGAUGGUAUCAAGGGCUAUUCUCCACUAUUGUUGGUUCAUUCAGUCAAAACCUUUCAUUCUUCUACUGGUAUUCACUUGUUAAGAAGGUCUACGCUAAUUUGAAGAAACACCAACCAAACCACAAACCUACCACAUUCACAGAAUUAGCCCUAGGAGCUAUUGCUGCCGCUAUUUCCCAGUGCUUCACGAUGCCCAUCGGAGUAGUAACCACGCAACACCAAACGGACAAGCAACAACGUACCACCAGCGAGCUAGUUAAACAAAUUUUGAGAGAGGAUGGAGUUACGGGGUUGUGGAGGGGUUUAAGAGUAUCUUUGAUACUCUGCAUAAACCCUUCCAUAACCUAUGGCUCGUAUGAAAAGUUGAAGACGGUGAUUUAUGGUAAUAAAGAAUUCUUAGGUCCUUUAGAAAGUUUCAGUUUAGGAAUGAUUGCCAAAUCAUUAGCCACUGUUGCUACUCAGCCGCUUAUUGUUUCUAAGGCAUUGUUGCAAAAGAGUAAAGGUAAGAGUCACAAGAAAAAUGAAUUUGGUGAAUAUGAUGAUGAAGAAGAAGAUAUCAAGUUUGAUCAUUUCACUCAUGCUUUAGCUCAUUUGUGGAAAACUGAGAAGUUUAAAGGUUUGUAUAAGGGAAUUGGUCCACAAUUGUUGAAAGGUGUUUUUGUUCAAGGUUUGUUGUUUAUGUUUAAGGAUCAAAUUGAUUUGUUGUUCUUGUUCAUCUUGUCAGUGAUCAAAAGGAAGAGAAUUGCAAAGGCUUAG